AUGGAAGAUUUAAGCUCUGCUGGUAAAGCGGGAUGUGAUAUUGCUGCAAAUAUUGCCGAAACAAUACCUCUUGUUAGUGUUAUCGCGAUAAUAUUUCGAGAAAUAAUUGUUUUAGCUGAAAAAGCAGGGCACAAUAAAAGAGUUUGCAGAAGGUUGGCUGAGCGUGUACGUGUAGCAAAUCAGACACUCAAUCAACUUACUCUGAAAGAUGAAAAUGAUUUGGCUUUAAAAAAUUAUGUUCAAGCGAUAACGCAUUGUAAAGAGUUUAUUGAAAAGAUUAGUCAUUCCGGGGCAUUCAUGAAAUUAGUUACCGCUCAUGAAAUCGAAAGUGCGUAUCAGAAUGCCACUGAAGAAUUAGAUGCCGCAAUUAUCCAAUUAGGAUUAAACGUAUGCAUCAGGACAAAUAAAGACAUUGAAGAUGAUCGUAAGUUAUUCCUUUCAGAAAUAAAAACUUCGUUUCAAGCCAUUGAAGAAGUCACAAAAGAUUUGUAUGACGUUGGAAUGGACAUUCAACAAAAACUUAGUGUAUUUGAAGCCAAGUUAGAUACAAUUCAUACGGCAGUUGAUAAUGUGAGCAAAGGUGUUAUAGUAAACAAUCAAACUUUGGAAAAAUCUUUAGAACAAUCCAAAAUACCUAGUAAUCAAAUCACAGAUUAUGAUGAGGAAGAGGUGAAGCGUGGUCAUGUAAUGAAAAAAAAAUAUAUCAUGCAAGCAGUUGCUCAAAAGGAGAUCGGACAUAUUUAUUCUUUACAAAAAUCCAUAGAUAUCAUUGAAAGAGAGAUCAGUAAUUUUAGUUCUAGUCGUAAAGAAAGUGAUGUAACUACAAAGGUCAAAGACAUCACACUUAGAUACAGUUUUGCUAUUGUGCUUUGGGAACUUGCCGCUCAAGAAGUACCAUUUGCCAAUGUUACAGUUGUCACGGACUUGAUUACAAAGAUAACGAGCGGAGAACGCCCACCACCGAUAAAUGACGCACCUCCUUUCUUUCCUGCGUAUGAAAAAAUCAUGCAGCAAGGAUGGCAACAACGUCCAAUAAAGCGACCAACUGCAGAUCUCAUGUUUAAAGACCUAAACAAUCUUUAUAAAUCUAUAAGGUCUCAAUCAGGGUCAGGAGAUUUUGAACCACCUUCAUCUUCAUUCCUACGAAGUGAUUCAUUUGACUCUCAUCAGAACGGUAAUUCUCAAAAGGAUUUUAAUAAUAUAGAAGAAGGAAUACGACAAAUUGAGUUAAAGUGA